UUGUUGUUGUUGUCAAGCAAAACGUCAAAAACAUUUUUUUUUAUUUUGAAAUGUGCGUUUUGCUUUGAGGUUUGAUUUCUGAAUAAAAAAAGGACAAACACACAAUGACAGACAACAAUUUUCUUGUGCCUCAAAGUAAAUCCGAAACGAUGCCUGCCAAGAAAUUGCCUUGUCCAUUCUCGCCAGCAGGUAUGCUACAACCGAGUCAUUUACAGCCACCACCAAUGUUUGGUCCACGAGGGACAACUAUACCUCCCAAGCACCUAGCUUCAUAUGCACACUUUAAAGUCAAUCGUUCACAACCCCGUUCGGCUGUCCACCACAAAACGUUUAACAACCACAAUCGUCCGAAGGACUCGGUUCCACGAUACCAGAAUAACUUCAACAAUGAUAAUCGUCCGAGAGGACCUCAACGAUCGCCAGGAUCUCGUGAAUUUUGGUGCGAACCUUGUGACAGAGACUUCCGUUCGCUAGACUUGUUACAUGAACAUAAAAGUCAACAUCAAAAAUGUGGCAUCGACGGAUGUAAGUUCGAAGGACAUGAAAUGAUUGUCAGCAAGCAUAUCACCAUGCAGCAUAGCACCGGACUGUACGAGCGCUUGAAGAAUCUGGAUACACCAGAAGAUAUACAGAAGUGGAGGGAGGAACGUCGAAAACGAUAUCCGACAAAAGAAAACGUUGAACUGCGACAACAGAUGCAGGAGGAGAGAAAUAAGCGAGGCGAGAAAUUGAACGAUUCCAAGGCGAGAUUUGGUCGACAGUCAGAUCGUAGACGAUGUAACAAUAAUUCGACAGAUAGCAAUCGUGCGGCAACAACAGAUGGAAAUCGUGCUGCAACAGAACCAAAGGGAGAAGCAAAUUCGCAAAAGAAAGGCAGAGAAGGGAGGAAGAAACGUCGCCGUCCUAACAAAAAGGUCGUUAAAAUUGUUGAAGAGCCGGCUGGUGAAUGUGAUAAAAACGAAAACGUCGAAGACGUCAGCAACAAUGGACUUCCAAUGUUUCGAGGAACUUCUCAUCUGAAAAACUAUAAAAAACGAAAGGAAGUACAACCGAAAAAUGCUCUAUCUAGUCUGCUGGGAGCGUACGAGUCAGACUCGAACUCGAGUGAAUCAUUUUCGGAAGAUGAAGAAUCCUCCGACGAUAUGGAUAGCCCAGUCACGACACUUACAUCGACAGUUAAGUCACAAAGUGAUUCUGUUGCAGAUACUUGCAGCACUGAAGUCGAAGUGGUGUCGAAUGAACAAAGUUCUGUUGUGGAUAAAUGCAGAGAAGAUUUGUCCUAUGAAGAUAAUGCCGACGACAUGAUCUGCGAUCCUGAGUUACCCGAAAGCUCUGUUCAGACCGUUGACGACGACAACGACAUGGAUGAAUUGCCUAGCGAAGAACGUAUUCUAAAAAUGGAAUCGGACGUCGAUUCUUUACCACCGCUAGAAGCCGCAAAAGUUGUUAAUCGAAGAACAAAGCCAAAAGUCUUGGAUAAGCGGCUGUCGAAGAGGCCUACUGUUAUGGACCUGUCGAAGAAAUACAGAAAUCAGAAUACGAUGCUGGAGAAACUGCUUCAAAACGAAAUCCGACACGAGAGAAAUGUUUUGUUGCAGUGUGUACGGCAUGUUGUGAAAGAGAAUUUUUUUGGAGUUGGUCAGAAGCCGGUGGCUACGUCGACUAUUGAAUAAAUCAUUGAUAUCAAUGUAAAAAGCA